AUGGAUUUGAGAGAAGCAAUGGAGAAGAGAAACUACGGCGAUUUGGUCCUUAUGCAUGAAGUAAUCGCUUCUAAGGCAAGAAACUCUAACUUCAUCUUCUCUCCUUCAUCAAUCAACGCCGCGCUCACAAUGAAGGCUGCCAGCUCCGGCUCCAAUUCCGACGAGCUUAACGCCGUCUACAGCGAGAUCGCCACCACCGUUUUUGCUGACGGCAGUGCGAGUGGUGGCCCCAAAAUCUCGGCGGUUAACGGCGUUUGGGUCGACCAAUCACUCCCGGUUAACCAUUCGUUGAAGGAUCUCUUUGUGAAUGUCUUUAAGGCUACUUUCGCUCGAGUAGAUUUCAGAUCCAAGGCUGAACAAGUGCGUACAGAGGUGAAUAAAUGGGCUUCACAUCACACCAAUGGUCUCAUCGAAGACCUUCUUCCUCAUGGAUCCGUUUCAAGCAAAACGAAUGAGGUCUUUAGACUACCAUACCGACAAGGCUAUGGCGAUAAAAAUCGCGAAUUCUCAAUGUAUUUCUAUCUCCCAGACAAGAAAGAUGGAUUGUAUGAUCUUAUGAAGAAAAUGGCAUCUACUCCUGGAUUUGUGGACAAGUACAUUCCGAGAGAGAAUGUUAAGGUUGGUAACUUCAGAAUCCCAAAGUUUAAGAUCUCUUUCGCAUUCUCGGUUUCAAGGGAUUUCAGUUGUUUGGAAUUGGAUGAAGCGGAUGCUUUGUACCAUAAAGCUUGUGUCGAGAUUGAUGAAGAAGGCACCAAAGCAGCGGCGGCUAGCAGUUGUUUUGUGUAUCUUAGCUAUCAAGAGAGGAUAGAAUUCGUGGCUGAUCAUCCAUUUCUUUUCUUGAUUAGAGAAGACAGAACCGGAACUGUUUUGUUCGCUGGUCAAAUAUUUGAUCCUUCUAAAUCUUCUUAG